UACCAGCCUCGUCCUUACAAUGUCAGCAUUGACCCAUCCCUGAUUGAAUUGGCCCGCCAGAAAGCCAGUAUCUUCCGCCCUACAGUCGAUACCUCAGCCACGGCGUGGUUUGACGGUCCCCCGGCUGCUGACAUAGAGUCGAUCGCAACAUACUGGGCAGAAGAGUACGACUGGCGGGCUAUCCAAAAUUCCAUCAACACCAACUUCUCACACUUCUAUACAACAGUUCCGCCCCCUAGUGAGGCUUACAAUGAGUCAGUAAGCCUCCACUUCAUUCACCAACGAAGUGCCAGACUUGAUGCAACUCCCAUCCUUCUUCUUCACGGUUGGCCAUCGACCGCUCUCGAAUGGGCAUCUAUGAUACCCAGACUUGUUUCUCCAGAUAACAGCAGCGAACCUGGAUUUCAUAUCGUCGCGCCCGAUAUACCUGGCUUCGGCUUCUCCCCUGCAUUGAACAGUUCUCGCGUCGGCGUUGGUCGCACCGAAUACGCAACCAUGUUUGCUGCAUUAAUGCGACAGCUCGGUUACAAGAAGUAUGCCGUGUAUAGCACUGAUAUGGGGACUACAAUUGCUCUGGGCCUUGUGGUCAAUCACGCUGAGAGCAUCAUGCAGCAUAUAACAGAUUUCUACAUGACUUUCCCCAGUCCCAGUGACCAGGCCCGCUACGCUUCGUAUCAGACGUCCGAGGAGGAAAAUCAAUACAUCGGGUCAUUUAGUUCAUUUCUUGAUACCCACAGCGGGUAUUCGGCGAUCCAAUCAACAUAUCCAUCAUCUCUAGCGUAUGCGAUGAACGAUAGCCCUGUGGGUUUUCUAGCGUGGGUAUAUCAUCUUUCUUCGACAAUGAACGAUCGCUCGUACGAAAAGGCAGAGAUUAUCACCAAUACACUACUCUUAUGGCAUCAGGGAGUGUAUAGUAAUAUUAGGUGCUAUAAGGAGCUAUUUAGUAGUAGCAUGUUCUUACCAGAUAAGAACUUUACUGUGCCAACAAGUGUGUUGCAGUUUGGAGGCUUGAAACUAUAUCCGGAACUUGGCAGAUUGAAUUAUGUGCCUCUCGAGUGGGUAAAGAGAACAGCAAAUGUUACAUAUUUCGCGCGUGAAAGUGAGGGAGGUCAUUUUCCGGCAGUGACAGUACCAGACUUGGUAGUAAAACACAUCAGGGCUUCUUUUGCU